AUGGAAUUUUUCUUUUGUGCCCAAGGCAGCAGCCUUCAUAAGCCGAAGUUGAUCAAGAUGAUUAGAUGGGAAAGACCCUAUAGGGGUUGGUAUAAGUUGAACACGGACGGAUCUGCAGCUAGGAAUCCUGGGGUUGCUGGGGGAGGCGGCGUGCUUAGGGAUGAUGCAAGUGUGUGGAUUAAAGGCUUUGCUAGACAAAUUAGUCAUACUACCAGCUUUUUAGCAGAGCUUUGGGCUCUUAGGGAUGGCCUUAUUAUGUGUUCAGAGCUGCAUAUUAAUGCUCUAGAAAUAGACUUGGAUGCCAAAGUCAUCGCUGAUCUGAUGAAUAACUCAGGGUCUUCCACUACUUCUAAUUCCUCUAUAGUGGCUGAUUGCAGGCUCUUGAUUUCCCGUUUUCCUCAAGUUAAAGUGAAGCACUGCUAUCAAAAAUCAAACUCCGUUGUAGAUGCUCUUGCCUUAUUCAAAGUUGCUCUAAACUAUUGCCUGAGCAUUUUUGUGCUCGAUGCCUAUGAACAAGUGGUGGCUAUUUUGGUCAUUGCACCUUUUGCAAUGAAUAUUGACAGGCCAAUAUUUGGCAUGAACAUAUAUGUGCUAGGAAUGAAGUAUACAACAGCCAUGGUUGCAGCCACAUUGAGCAAUACUCUUCCUGUCAUGGACUUCACCACCUUCAUCCAAGAGAGGUUGGAUAGGUACUUUGCAAAUCCUGACUGGUGCGUCAUAUACCCAGAAGCACAAGUCACCCAUCUUCCAAGAUGUUCCUCAGACCAUUGCCCUGUGCUAUUAGAGCUUCAGCCUCACUCCAAUAUCAGGCUUAGGAGGCCAUUCAGGUUUCAAAGGUUCUGGUUGUCUGAUGACUCCAUCUCUAAUGUUGUUCGUAGUGCUUGGUCAGAUCAUUCGGAUUUAAAUGAAUCCAUAUUAAGAUUUACAAGAGAGGUCACAACUUGGAACAGGACCCACUUUGGCAAUAUUUUUGCUAAAAAGAGAAGGAUAUUGGCGCGCUUGAAUGGCAUUCAAAAAGCCAUGGUGGAUAGGCCUUCCAGUUUUCUUAUCGAUCUCGAAAAGAAGCUCCAGAUAGAUCUCUUGCUAAUUCUCAACCAAGAAGAGCAGCUUUGGGCCAUGAAAUCUCGUAUCAACUGGAUGGUUCAAGGUGAUCGCAACACCUCCUUCUACCAUGUCUCUACUCUCAUCAGAAGAAAGCAUAACAAAAUCCUAAACUUGAAAAAUUCCCAAGGUGAGUGGAUCAAUGAUCUCCCCGAUGUCAUGGGAUUUGUUCGUAUCAGCUUCCUGAAGCUUUUUACUACUGAACUGGAUAUCUCUUCUCUCUCAGUUCCUAGCUAUGACUUGGAUAACCCUCAUUUAUCCAUUGAGGAGGCCCAUCUCAUCAAUCUUCCGGUGACAAAUGAGGAAAUCCACCAUGCUUUAUGGUCUCUAAAGGCUUUCAAGGCUCCAGGGCCCGAUGGCCUUCACGCGGGUUUUUUCCAAAAAUUUUGGCCUCUGGUGGGCAGUUCUGUUUCAAACAAGAUCAAGAAUAUUUUUAUAGAGAAAAGAGUUCCAUCUCCCCUCAACCAAACUUACAUUUCCCUCAUUCCGAAGAUUAAGGGUCCAGAAACCAUUGGGAACUACAGACCCAUCAGCCUCUGCAAUACAGUGUAUAAAAUCAUAACGAAGAUUAUAGUGGCUAGGAUUAGACCUUACUUGGAUAAGCUUGUUUCUCCGUUCCAAAUAGCUUUUGUCCCAGGUAGGAAGGGAGUGGAUAAUGCCAUUAUUGCCCAGGAAAUUAUUCACUCUAUCAGUAGGAAAAAAGGAAAUGCUGCCUACAUGGUUAUUAAAAUUGACUUAGAAAAAGCCUACGAUAGAUUGGAAUGGUCCUUUAUAAGAAAUGUCCUGAUUGCAGCAAAUUUUCCUUCAGAGUUGAUCCAACUCAUUAUGAGCUGUGUUUCUUCGACUUCUACAUCUAUCCUUUUCAAUGGUGGUACCCUUGACCCCUUCCUCCCUUCAAGGGGUAUUAGGCAAGGAGACCCACUCUCUCCUUAUCUUUUCAUACUGUGCAUGGAGGUGUUGGGUAGAAUUAUUGAGGAAAAAUGCUCCAAGAAAGUUUGGAAACCAGUGAAAGCCUCGAUUAGUGGCCCGGCUUUCUCCCAUUUAUUUUUUGCUGAUGACCUUCUCCUUUUUGCUAAGGCAGAUACAAUCAACUAUACCAAUAUUAGAGAAGCUCUUGAUGAAUUUUGCAUGAUUUCAGGGCAAAAGAUAAAUUCCACCAAAUCCAAAGUACUUUUCUCGCCUAAUGUAGAUAGAGAUCAUAGAGAAGCUCUUUGUGAAAUUCUUGGGUUCCAUUCAACUCCAAACUUGGGCACUUACUUGGGUUUUCCAAUGAGGCAUGCUGGGUCUUCUAAUCAAGACUUAAACUUUGUGCUGGAUCGUGUUAACCAAAAGCUUGCUGGUUGGAAGGCAAACCUCCUCUCCUUUGCUGGUAGAAGAGUCCUUAUUCAAGCCUCUACUAGUGCCAUUCCAUCCUAUGUCAUUCAAACUACUCUCCUUCCUACAAGAAUUCUUGAUAGUUUGGAUAGAUUGAACAGAAAUUUCCUUUGGGGAUCUGAUGGUAAAAGGAGGAAGAUGCAUUGGGUGGGCUGGAACAAAGUGACUCGGCCUGUGGUGGAGGGUGGUCUUGGUUUACAAACUGCCAAAGGCAGGAACCUGGCUUAUCUAGCUAAGUUGAAUUGGAGACUUUAUACUGAAAAAGAUGCCCUAUGGUCUAAAGUUAUGAGGAGCAAGUACUUGUCUCCUAGAAGGGCUGCUUCCAAUAAUGAGAAUGCUCUCCCAAGUUCUCGUAUUUGGAAAGGAAUGAAGAAAGGAAUGGAAGUCUUUAAGGAGGGCACUAGAUGGAGCCUUGGUAGGGACAGCAAUUUAAGAUUUUGGUUGGACAAUUGGACCUCUUAUGGCCCAUUGCAACAGCUUAUCCAAGGGCCUCUUAACAGAGGGGAAGAAGAGAUGAGAGUUGGGGAUAUUGCUGCAGUGAAUGGUUGGGAUUGGGGGAAAAUUUCUAUGGUGAUUCCAUCAGCGAUUGAAUUAGAGAUUCAAGCCAUGCCUCGUGCCUGUGUUGCUGAUGAGGAGGAUAGACUUAUUUGGGCUGCCACUUCUAAUGGGGUUUUUAAUCUAAAUAGUGCCUAUCUCUUGGCAAGCAAUCAGAUUGAUCAUCAAAUCGAAUUUAAUGGUAAAUGGAUUUGGAAGCUCAAGGUGCUGCCAAGGAUGCAAUCUUUCAUUUGGCUGUGUUCCCAUAACAGCUUAGCCACUCGGGAGUGUCUUGCUUCGAGAGGUAUCCCUAUCUCUACAAUCUGUCCAAUAUGUCAGCUAGAUUCUGAAUCAAUCCUUCACCUCCUUAGGGAUUGUGACUUUGCCUCCAAUCGUUGGCAGAAUUUAGGAAUGGGAGAUCUCAGCUCAGAUUUUUUCUCUCUAAAUACUAGUGCAUGGUUGGAAAAAAAUUGCAAAUUAGAGAAAAGGACUGGAUACUUUCAAAUCCCUUGGAACAUUUUAUUUGCCUUUGGAAUAUGGAUAUUAUGGCAGCACCGAAACAGGGUGGUUUUCAAAAAUCUACCCACUGGUCAAGCAAUCCACAAAGAAAUCACCCAAAGAGCAGUUGAGUUUGUUUUCUGUGCUCAAAACGUGGCUGCCUGCAAGCUUCGAGUUGAAAAGCUCAUCAGAUGGGAGAGACCUCAAAGGGGAUGGUUUAAACUUAACACUGAUGGUUCUUCACUAGGUAAUCCUGGUAUGUCAGGUGGUGGUGGUAUUCUCCGAAACGAUGCAGGUUUAUGGGUUCAUGCUUUUUCUAGGCAUAUUGGAACCACAACAAGUUUCCUAGCUGAACUUUGGACCUUGAGGGAUGGGCUGAUCAUGUGUCAAAAUCUUCAAAUCAAUGCUCUAGAAAUUGAGUUGGAUGCUAAAAUUAUUGCUAAUUUGAUGAAUGAUUCUAGCAAUACUAACGGUGUAAAUUCUGCUAUGGUGGCUGACUGCAGGCUCCUAAUUUCCCAAGUUCCGCAAGUUAAAGUGAUGCAUUGCUACCGGGAAACAAACCGUUGUGCUGAUGGUCUUGCUAGAGUAGGAAACAAACAGCUUGAUGCUGAUAUAAUGUAUUACAAUGCCCCCCCUCCCUGUUUGCGUGACUGUUAUCUUUCAGAUUUGUAUGGUCUGUACCAUGUUAGGAUUUGUCCUAACUCUGAUGUUGCUGUGCUUCUUUAG